AUGGAUAUUCCCCGUGGCACACAUGAAAACAGAAAUCAAACGUCCAUCACGGAAUUUAUCCUCCUGGGAUUUGGGAAUGUCCCAGAAUUGCAGAUUCUCCUCUUCCUGCUGUUCCUAGUGAUCUACAUUAUGACCAUGGCCGGAAACAUCCUCAUUGCUGCGAUAGUUGUGGCUGAUCAUCAUCUUCACACCCCCGUGUGCUUCUUCCUGGGGAACCUGUCCUUCUUGGAGACCUGCUACACCUCCACCAUCCUGCCCAGGAUGCUGGCCAGCAUCCUAACUGGGGACAGAACGAUUUCUGUGAAUGGCUGCUUCAUGCAGCUUUAUUGUUUUGGUGUCUUGGCAUGUUCAGAAUGCUAUCUCCUGGCAGCGAUGUCUUAUGAUCGAUAUUUAGCGAUAUACAUCAACAUACUUCAAAGUAUGACCAAAGUCUUCUUGGUCUUCUACACCAUUCUCACACCACUGGUCAACCCCCUCAUCUAUAGCCUGAGAAACAAAGAGAUGAAUCAUGCAGAAGAAUCAGGAAGGGGGAACCUCACUACGGUGACUGAAUUCAUUCUACUAGGAUUGUCCAACCACCAUGACCUUCAGGUGCCUCUGUUCUUCAUCUAUCUGGUCAUUUAUACCAUUACACUGAUGGGGAACAUCCGCAUCAUCCUCAUUGGGUAA